AUGUCUGCCGAUGGUAUUACUGAAGUUGAUGCUAACCAAAUUGAAACCAACUAUGACAAAGUUGUCUACAAAUUUGAUGAUAUGAACCUAAAGAGCGAGUUGUUGAGAGGUAUCUACGCUUUAGGUUUCACCGAUCCAUCUGCUAUUCAACAACGUGCCAUUUUGCCAAUUUCUGAAGGUCACGAUGUUUUAGCACAAGCCCAAUCUGGUACUGGUAAAACCGCCACCUUUUCUAUUGGUUGUUUGCAAAGAAUUGAUCCUGACGUUAAAGCUCCACAAGCUUUGAUUUUGGCUCCAACCAGAGAAUUAGCUUUGCAAAUUGAAAAAGUUGUUUCUGCUUUAGCUAGUAACAUGACUGGUGUCAAGGUUCACCCAUGUAUUGGUGGUACCAGUCACCAAGAGGUUGUUGAAGGUUUUGAAAGUGGUGCCCAAGUUAUUGUUGGUACCCCAGGUCGUGUUUUUGAUAUGAUUAGUAGAAGACACUUGAAAACCGAUAGUAUGAAGAUGUUUAUCUUGGAUGAAGCCGAUGAAAUGUUGUCUUCUGGUUUUAAAGAUCAAAUCUACCAAAUUUUCACCUUUUUGCCAUCAGAAGCUCAAGUCGUCUUGUUAUCUGCCACUAUGCCAAUGGAUGUUUUGGAGGUUACCACCAAGUUUAUGAGAAACCCAAUUAGAAUCUUGGUUAAAAAGGAUGAAUUGACCUUGGAAGGUAUCAAACAAUUUUUCGUCAACGUUGAAGAAGAAGAAUACAAAUACGAUUGUUUAUCUGAUUUGUACGAUUCCAUUUCCGUUACUCAAGCUGUUAUUUUCUGUAACACCAGAAGAAAGGUUGAAGAAUUAGCCGCCAGAUUAACUGCUGAUGAUUUCACUGUUUCUGCUAUCUACUCUGAUUUACCACAACAACAAAGAGAUGUUAUUAUGCAAGAAUUCAGAACUGGUUCUUCUAGAAUUUUGAUCUCCACCGAUUUGUUGGCCAGAGGUAUUGAUGUUCAACAAGUUUCUUUAGUCAUUAAUUAUGACUUGCCAAAUAACAAGGAAAACUACAUUCACAGAAUUGGUAGAGGUGGUCGUUUUGGUAGAAAGGGUAUUGCUAUCAACUUUAUCACCAAUAAAGAUGUUGCCGCUUUGACAGAAUUGGAAAGAUUUUAUUCUACUCAAAUUGAAGAAAUGCCAGCCAACAUUGCUGAAUUAUUUGCUUCUACCAAGGCCGAAGCCUAA